AAACAUGCGCAAUUCACAACUACUCGUAACUUCACUCGAUCAAUGAACUUCCACGUCUGAACGAUCGUUUUCCGGUCAAGGGCGGAUCGACGAUAGUUGAUUUCCUUCCUGGUCGCAAUUCAUCGAUCUCGAUCAUCUCGUAACGGUGUGUUAUAAUUUGCCAAACAGAUUAGAAGGGUUUUGUCGAGCCUCGUUCCGUCCAAUUAACACCAUCGAUACGCCUAGAAAAUAUUUUGUCCCGUCGAAUCGAAUCCCACUCCAUUGGCCAAAAUCGCCAACAAUCGCCAAAAUUGGCCAAAAACGCAACAAAGACAAAAGAAAAAGAAGAAAAGAAGCAGGAAAAGUACGUCUGAUAAUGGAGUUUAAUUUCUGUUUUCAGAUUAGCAUGAAUGUCUUUGGACAGAGAGGGGAAAAAAUUAUAAGUGGUGUUAAGUAGCGACGGCAGGUGAAAAUGGAGUUGGACAAUAAAUUAGCAACAAGUGGUUGGUGAGCGAGUCUGUCGAUCGUCUCGGUCUUGCCCCAAGUGACGUCAUAUGCGAAAGUGUCGAGGAAUGGUCAAGAAGAACCGCAAGCAGACAACGAUCCGUGGAUCGUCAGGUUAGAUCACAUCGAUCGGUAGACCGGUGAAUUUCUACGCAAGUUCGUGUUUCUCGCGAGCACGCGUUUAAUCGUAGAAAUUUGUUUCGCUCUCCGAAGUUUUGUCCAACAAGUACUUUGCUUUGGAUAUUUUAGAUAUCUCUAUGUAUCAUGACCAUUUUGUAUAUUAUCAUUUUUGUAUAUUAGAAUUUCCCAUAAAUGUAUGAAUGUUCGUGAUCCAGGGAUGAAUUGGAAAAUGAGUAAACGUUUGAGUUUAUACGUUUCUCUUCUCCUUUUUUUUUCGGUUUAUAUAAAUAAAUGUUUCGUAUCGCGUGAUUCUACGUAAAAGUAGAGUAUCAGACUAAUAUCGUAUUUUUGUUUGUUUCUACGCAACGAAGAAAUGGAACGGAAGCGGAAGGUAGGAGUAUCAAGAACAUCGCGAUCACUAUGUCACCGGUUUAUAUUUCACCGAAAAUCCAGAAUCUGAGGAACGGCGAAGCGAUCGACUAUUCCCCUGGUAGAAGAUACUCGACGUUGGACCACGAAUUAAUAGCACAAUUGAACGCAAAGAAACAGAUUCAGGAUAGAUACCAUCCAGCACCGCUGCUUAACUACAAAUCCAAGAAGGAACCAUCGAAAGACACGGAGGAUAGCUCGAAACCUUCGAGCGGCCCGAAUGGCCCACCGACCGGUCCAUCGUCUUCGGGUAUGUUUGAAUUUUCUAAUCCAACGUUUUCAGAGAGCUACGACUAUAAGCCGCUGGAUUACCCGAGCAGUAAGCCGAUUUCAAAGCCGCCGGAUUACCUCAGUGACAAACCGAUCUCCAAGCCAAUGUCCAUGGACGAUUACGCAGAUUCUGAGAUAAGCGACAAGCCACCAGAUUCCUACAAACCGGAUUCCUACUUCGCGUCCCACGACCAUGACUCCUCCGACUACUCCGACAAUCCGCCCGACACGUCUUACGACAAUGACGCAGCACCGAAACCGAUCAAGUAUUCCGGCCAUUUGGAUCAUCCUCCCUUCAACGACAACGACAACGACGACGACGACUCUUAUGGCCAGCAUCACGACUUCCAUCACGAGGUGAUCUACGAUCACAUUCCUGAAUACCACGAGCACCACACAAUGCCACCAGAAAUGAACGAUCAAAGAUUGAACAAGAGGCCGUAUUCGUAUUACUACGUAGGCAAGAAGCUUUGGUACGUUCCACUGUACUUCAGCAUUUAUUUUAUCAUCUACAUCGCGGCUCUGGUGUUGAAGAGCAUCGCCAGACACAAGAUCACGUUCCCUGCGCAUCUAGCGGAUGCUGUGGCGCAUACAAGAUCGUACAGUGAUUUUAGUUGGUGGGAUUUUGCGGGAGAAACGCUGCGGAGUGUCGAGAACUUCGUCGACAAGUAUGGAAAGAUUUCUUAGAAUAUUUGUAUCGAUCGUCUGCGGAUCGAGGAUCGAUUUAGAGUGUUGAGAUAGCAAUUAAGUUGAUGUUGUUAGUAUAUAGUCGAUAAGUAUAUAGUUAAGUAUUUUAUCGGUUUGCUAAGGAUAUACAGUGGCUAUUUGUUGUACAUCGUUGUUACAUGUCGUUAUACAUCUACGUAUUAAUCGAUUAGGUGAAAGUAGAGUGAGAGUCAAAAGUGAGUAUACACCAAAAGAGCAAAGAAAGAGUUUCGUAUAAUAGUGAUUUAUUUAUAUAUUUACCUUCCGUCCGAUGAACGAAAGACUGCAAGUACUCGUGCUCUCUGUCACAUAGAUCGUUUGUUAAUAGAGAAUUAAUUGGGUCAAGAAUCGUUCUUGAACAGGCGAUGAUACAUAUUUUUUAUUUAUAAAAUGACAGUAAACAAUAGCAUAACGUAGACCUUUCGUAGAGCUUAGACCGUAAUACAUUGAUUUAGAGUUACUCUACGGUACGAGCAGUGAUUUUGUGCGUGUACGUGUAAAUAUUAUUUUAUAGUCAAGUCUUGUAAAUAUCGAGAAGCGCUUCUAAUAGACUAUUUAUUUACAAGUUAUGCAGAACUCUGUUCAUUAGCAUAGAUAUAACGUUAUAGAUAAUUUGGCAAUUUGCGAUUUCUGGGUACGUUAAAAUCAAGAGUUGGCAACGCGCAUUCGACAAAUCGUCGUACCAUCUCAGUUCGAAGAAAUGGUCCGUAAACGCAAUAAAAAUCUACAAAGAAAAUUUCACAUUCACCAAGGAAUUUCCUCCCAGCGAUCCAUCCGACCGAAUCCAUCGAGAGUUCGUAAAACGAUAGCGUUGGUCUAAUACCGAAAAAUAUAGAUAUAUUUCCGAAUAACGAAUAAACGUAGGUGACAAAUGAGAUUUAAUACAUUCGGAUGUAUUCGUUGUUAAAUAGUUAGGAUAUCUCUGUAAAUGUUUUCGUGAAAGUGUCUAAUUAUAUACGUAUAGCGGAUGUCGUUAUAACAUUAACUGUAUUAACGAUUAAUAGAAACAGGCUGGAAAAUAAAUUUUCUCGAUUGCUCGAA